UCACCACACUACCACACUGCCCCAGUGCCCUGCGCCCACCACCCGGCCGGACCCCUGCCCACGUUGCCUGCUUCCUCUGCAUGGGGCCCUGCAGCAACCCCCGCCUGGGGCUCCCCGGGGGGGAGUCGCCCUCCCAGCCCCCCCAGAGGAGGAAGAAGAGAUACCUGCGGCAUGACAAGCCCCCCUACACCUACUUGGCCAUGAUCGCCCUGGUGAUCCAGGCCGCACCCUCCCGCAGGCUGAAGCUGGCCCAGAUCAUCCGUCAGGUCCAGGCCGUGUUCCCCUUCUUCAGGGACGAUUACGAGGGCUGGAAAGACUCCAUCCGCCACAACCUCUCCUCCAACCGAUGCUUCCGCAAGGUGCCCAAAGAUCCCGCGAAGCCUCAGGCCAAGGGCAACUUCUGGGCGGUCGACGUGAGCCUGAUCCCAGCCGAGGCGCUGCGGCUGCAGAACACGGCCCUGUGCAGGCGCUGGCAGAGCAAGGGCGCGAGGGGAGCCUUCGCCAAGGACCUGGGCCCCUAUGUGCUGCAUGGCCGGCCCUACCGGCCGCCCAGUCCCCAGCCGCCGCCCUGCGAGGGCUUCAGCAUAAAGUCUCUGCUAGGGGACUCCGGGGAGGGGGCGCCGCCGAGCAGCCCAAGUCGGUCAGGCUCAGUUCGCAUAGGGGAGGAAGAGGCACCCACUCCAGUCCCCCCCUCUGAGAGACCUCUGUGGCCCGUCUGCCCCCUCCCAGGGUCCCUGAGAGCAGAAGGGGAGACUUCCCAGGGGGGAAACAGCAGGCCCUCGCCCCUCUCCCCUGAACCCAGAGCCUGGCCCCUCCACUUACUGCAGGGUACCCCAGGCCCUGGGGGACUCCCUGGUGGAAGCCACAGGGCCUCGCUUUGGGGGCAGCUACCUACCUCUUAUUUGCCCAUUUACACUCCCAACGUGGUGAUGCCAUUUGCCCCACUGCCACCCACCUCUUGCCCCCGGUGCCCCCCCUCAACCAGCACAGGCUAUUGGGGGGUGGUCCCUGAAACCCAUGGCCCCCCAAGGCUGCUCUGGGAUCUAGACGCCCUCUUCCAGGGGGUGCCACCCAACAAAAGCAUCUAUGAUGCGUGGGUUAGCCACCCCCGAGACCUGGCUGCCCCUACCCCAGGCUGGCUACUCUCCUGGUACAGCCUGUGA